AUGCCGGUCCGGUGGUUAAAGCUUGGAGAACUUUCCAGUUCAUCAGCCCCAUCAUCACCUACAUGCGUGGGGGAUCCCAGGAGACAGCUUAGUCCAGAGGGCAUCCCCUACUGUGCCACCAAAGUGCAGUCCAUCACUUGGAUCCAGCGUGUGGCUGGCAGGGUGACCCACUAUGCGUCUCACCUCCGCCACGAGACGUCUGUGGACGUGACGCUUGGCUGCUACCAGCAGACUGAUGUCUCAGUGGUGUACGCCACUCUCCACAUGGGGCUGGACGGGCUUCUCUCCUCUUCAGCGUGGUCGGAGGCUGCCUCCUUCUCUACGCCCACCACUCAGCAGUUCACUGACCCAGAGCCUGAGGGCCACAACUGCUAUGAGGGCUGGGAGGAGGACCUGCUGCCUGAGGAGAGGGAGGUUCCUCUGCUAAACCUCUACCUUAUCACCAAGAGAGUGGAGGACAUCGCCCUGAGGCUCGUCUCCCUGCGCCAGGCCUUCACUACCCUGCUUGGUUCCACCCUGAGCAGGAACCGUCUGUUUGUGGCGGGAAAGGUCCUCCUAGGCGCACUGGUUCAGGCCAACCACAUGGACGAGGCCAAGUUCAUCCGUACCUAUAAGGACUUUGUGGACUACCUGAGUGACCCCUCCAAGCGGAAUGACAUUGAGAGGGAGCUGGCUGAGGCAAAGAUCCAUCAUGUGAACAUGAUAGAUGUCCUCUUUGAGCUGGUGCUGUUUGGGUUAAUGACAGCUCAGAAGUCCCUGAUGGUGCACCCUGGUGGGUUCGUGGAGCGUCUGUACGCUCUCCUGUACUCCUUCCUGCCCACUGCUGCCAACAUGGAGCCAGAGGCUGACAGAUACCUGCUGCUGCUCAAUGAUUCUUGUGACACUUUGCCACCCAACAGGGAUCUAGACACCAAUGCACUACAUUACUUUGCACUGAAUUUGACAUUUUUAAAUAAAACAAGUUGUAGUUCAAAAACAUUUUGGUUUCCGUCUUUUCAUUUAUUUGAUUUUAUGACCAUUUCCUCUUCCUAG